AUGAUGGCCGCGAGGCGCGCCAGCAGCAUGGAUCGCAGCGCAGUUGGAGGCUUCGACCCCGUAGCCCACUACAGUCCCUGUCCUCCGCUGCCUGUCAUUGGACAGCCGCAGAACACAGCUCUCUCCGCCGGCGAUGCUUGCCCAGCCCCUCACGCCGGCUUAAAGCAGCACGACUCUGGCGUAGCGGUACUCAAGUCCUCGCGUAAAACAGCGUCGUCGUCGCCGUACGUCAUCACGGAUAAGACUCCACGCGCAGAGCUGCUCGCCAUCAUCAUGCAGCUGCAGGCGGACCUCACCCAGCGCACCGAUAGCGUGAAUGCGAUUCAGCGAAACUUUGAGCGACUGAGCGCGAUGCAUCACGCUGAGCAGCUCGAGCUUCGGCGCUUGCGUUUGUUGGAGAAGACGCGAUCGGAAGUCGCGCCCGACGGCCUCGACGCGGCGACGCGGCAACUGGAGAGCGUUUUGGCGGAGAUGCGACACAAGGCGCUGGAGCAGCAGACCACAUUCGUUCAGAUGGAGGUGGAUCUGCAGGCGGCGAACAGUUCGUGUGCGCUUCAGCAAGGCAUAGCUCGACUUAUCGCGUCGCACGCGGAUGGAUUUCGAGACGUUCUGCAGGCGGAGGCGGUGGCGCACUCUCAGCUUUACCAGUCUGCUAUGAGUGAGCGUGCCAUCAUAGGCUCUCGGAAUGAGGCAACGCAGCAGCAGCUAUUAUGCAAGGAUGUCGCUCAGCUAGUGGCUGAUCAUCAGGCGCAGAUCGUGACCAAAUUGAUUCGAGGCGGCGCUGCCGAGAGCUGCCGGCUGCAGAAGAGCCUAGCGCAGGUGUCGACUGCCACCGUACAGGAGCUGGUGCGCCAGGGGCUUCGUGAGACGGCUGAGGCGGUGCACCAGUACGUCGCCUCCAUACAUGCGGCUGAUCAAGAACGCGUGCUCGCCGAGGCCGAGGGCCAACGCGACCGCGAGAGGCUGCGGCUUGCGCUGGGCGAACUGCUGCGCCUUCGACUGCGUGCAACGGAGGAGGCUGAAGCGACGGCCCGACAGGCGCUUCUCUUCGGCGCACUGCAGGCAUGCGCUACUGCUCAGCGGGCCGCUGAGGAGGUACGUUUGCUGACGGCGAACGCUGAUGCAGCGGCAGCGGCCACUCGCUCAUCGUGGGAGGUGACGGCCGCUCUGCUCACGCGUCGCGUUUCAGACUGGCACGACGCUGCGGAUAUGCGGCUCGUCGACUUUCACGACACCAUUGAGGCCUCCAUGGCCGAGAAGGCAAGAGAGCGCGACGCGCAGAGCCAGCAGAAGACACAGGAGCUGCUGCUAGAGGAACGGAAACGGCUAGAAAAUCUGCAUGCGUCUCAGAUGCAGACCAUGCAGGUGGAUUGGAGAAGACAGAGAGAUGCUGUGCAGCAGUCGCAUGCGAUGCAGCUGGAGCAGGUGCGAAGCGACCUCGUGGCUCAGGUACAAGUUGCCGAGGACCGUCGCGUUGCGGCGGAGCGGCGGACUGGCGCCAUGGAGGCCGCUCUCAUUCAACUGAAACGAGACCACGCCGCGGAAGUGCAGGCCGUCGAGGCACAUUGGCGUUCUGCCGUCUCGGACGCAGGGAGGCAUUGCGAGCAGCGCUGGAGGACGAUGUUGGAGGUGUAUCAAGAGGGGCAGAAAGCCCAUAGGGGGGCCAUGUUGCAACUUUUCGUGGAUUUUCUGUGCACCCGUGGUCAGUGUGUGUACGAGGAACAGGCAGAACGUGCGGCCUUGUGUAGGAGUCACUGGAGGAAUCAGACGCAGCAUCUCCGAGAAGAACAGGCUGCCGUGAUGCAGCAUGGUGUGGCGACUGCGGACCUGCUUGAGCGUAUGCGGUGUCAUAAGGAAGAUGAGGCUGCGAGUCGUGCUGUGCUGCACGCAUCCGAGGCCUCCGACUGGGCGGCACUCGUGAGAAAAGAGGCAGCACACAACGCGCAGGCUCAUCAUGCUGUAUCGAUGGCUGCUGCAGCUGCCGGACUGGAAGGCCUGCGCGCGGAGAUGGCUGGGCGAGAGGUUAGGUGGGGUCAGCGCCUCGACGCACUCGAGGCAGACCUUCGACGGGCACAGCAGAAGUGUUUAGGUGUGGUGCGCCGCGCUUCUGAUGCUGUUGUUGCAGCGCAGGAGGCACAAGCCGCACUGCAGGCGACUCAGCGAGAUUUCGCCGCAUACCGGUGUGGUGUCAGCGCCGCGGCGCAGCGCAUCGAGGUGGCUGAAAGUGCGACGGAGAGCGCGUGUUGCUGUUCUCUAUGCCUGCAGCUGUAUUGCCAGCCCGUUGCCUGCGUGCCGUGCGGGCAUAUUUACUGUGCAAACUGCCUCCUGCGGCACGCGCGGAACAGGUCGCUGUCGAGUGUCACGUCGUCGUUCGCCUCCGCUGCGGGUGCCUCAACCAGCGAGAAUGGCGCGGUGGGGGCGAGGGCGGCGCUGGAGGUGACCCACUGGCUCCGUGGCAAGUCUACCCCACACGCCUUCCUCUUCUGUCCCGAAUGCGCGUCUGCGACAGUGUCGACCGUGGUGGAGCUGCCGAUUCUUGGCGAGCUCACGGCGAAGUACGACUACAAGAAACGAAGCCUUGCGGUGCUCCUGGCUGAACUGCGGUGA